AUGGCAUCACCAACCUCCCUGCCAACUCCUUGCUCACAGUCCAAGAAGCCAAUGGGCAAGAUGGUUGACUGGUUCCGGCAGGCCCUGUUGAAGAAGCCCAAGAAGCUGCCCACCUCUUCAGAAAGUGCCCCCAGUGAUGUUUCACAGCCAACUUCACAGAAAAGUUCCCCACCCCUAAGCCUCAGCUCAGUCAAAUCUCCUACCCUGCCACCAACAGCCAUGUGUGCCAGCAGCAGUGGCCGUUGGAGCAAAGAGUAUGAUGUCUGCGUGUGCCACAGUGAGGAGGACCUGGCAGCUGCCCAGGAACUGAUUUCCUAUCUGGAAGACAGUGCUGCCAGCCUACGCUGCUUUCUGCAGCUUCGGGACGCGGCCCCAGGUGGCGCCAUUGUGUCGGAGCUGUGCCAGGCACUGAGCAGUAGUCACUGCCGUGUACUGCUCAUCACCCCAGGCUUCCUCCAGGACCCAUGGUGCAAGUACCAAAUGCUGCAGGCCCUGACUGAGGCCCCUGCAUCAGAGGGCUGUACCAUCCCACUGCUCUCAGGCCUGACUCGAGCCUCCUACCCCCCUGAGCUCCGCUUCAUGUACUAUGUGGAUGGCAGGGGCCCAGACGGUGGCUUUCGCCAAGUCAAGGAGGCUGUCACACGUUAUCUGCAGACACUCAGCUGA